GAGCGCGACCGCCAUUUUGAGUUUUACCUCAAACGGAACAUCACAAACCGAGAGAGUGGGGCGAGAAGCUUGGCUGUGACUGGGCUCAGAAAGAGAAAAGGCCAUCGCAUAUAUUAGAAAACAAGAAGAAUUGCGACGACAGUAACCGUCACCAUCAUCGACGGCUGCACUCGACCGCGAAAAGCUGGAGCGUGUCCGUCCGUGUUGGUAAAUACGGUGGUUUCAUGUCAGGGGGGGAGGAGGAGGAAAAAAAAAAAGUCGAGCACCGGCCGGGCGCCUCGCGUCGCAUCGCCGCCGAACUUCCAAAUUAGCGCGAUUCCCGAUUAGCGGCGCGUUUGAAUGGAUAGCUUCUCUAGUCGCUCUCCCCCAGUAGCGGGACGGUCGGAGGGGCGCACGGACUGGAAAGGCUGCCGCGGAAGCUGUGUUUGAGCCGAUAUAAAUAUCCCGAGAUCGCCUCGAUUUAAAUAUACGCAGAUAUACGCGCGUCGGCGUGGUGUAGCCCAUUCGGCCCGGGCUUUAGCUGCCUGUCUGGCGUUAGCUAGCCGUUAGCACCCUGUUUGUGCUCACCGGCUGCGGGUAGCGGUGCAUCUCUGCCCGACUGCUUCACUCACCUCGCCUGCCGCCCCAUAUUUUUGGGGUAAAGGCGCACUGACUUAUUUUAUUCACGCGUUGGAGCCCCGGUUUAUCUAGCGCCGCGUAGCCUCCCCCCCGUUAAGGCGCCGAGAUUGGGCGAAUAGCGAGCAAAUACGUCCGCGUUUCGCUGCCUGCUCCCCCGCCGACCUCCCACCCCCAGUCCCCGGUGCUGACGGCAGAUAAGGCCCAGGUCGUCUCGGAGCAGGCCCGGCUGCCCGGACUCGACCCGUUGUCCGCACCUCCGCGCUCGCAGGCCCCCCACCAGCCGCCCCGAACCCAGCCGACCCCAGAAGCGACGUCGGAGAAGGCCGAGGGGAUAGAAGAGGAAACCGAGCGCCGCGCCGCAACACCCGUCGACAUGAACCACCACCAUCACCAUCACACCCAGCAGCAGCAGCAGAAGACCGGCGAGCAGCAGCUCAGCGAGCCCGAGGAUAUGGAAAUGGAAGCUGGAGACACCGAUGAUCCCCCGAGAAUCCCUCCGAACCCCGUCAUCAACGGAAACGUAGCCAUGGCUGACGGCCACAACAACACAGAGGAGGAUAUGGAGGAUGACACCAGCUGGAGAUCCGAGUCCACCUUCCGCUUCGUGGUUGAGCGCUUCAGCCGGCUCAGCGAGUCCGUGCUCAGCCCAUCCUGCUUCGUGAGGAACCUACCGUGGAAGAUCAUGGUGAUGCCGCGCUUUUAUCCCGACCGACCCCACCAGAAGAGCGUCGGCUUCUUCCUGCAGUGCAACGCUGAGUCCGACUCCACGUCCUGGUCCUGCCAUGCCCAGGCCAUGCUGAAAAUAAUCAAUUUCAAAGACGACGAGAAGUCUUUCAGCCGGAGGAUCAGCCACCUCUUCUUCCACAAGGAGAACGACUGGGGUUUCUCCAACUUCAUGUCAUGGAGCGAUGUCACAGAUCCAGAGAGGGGCUUCAUCGAAGACGACAAGGUGACCUUCGAGGUCUACGUCCAGGCUGAUGCCCCGCAUGGAGUGGCGUGGGAUUCGAAGAAACACACAGGCUACGUGGGCUUAAAGAACCAAGGGGCCACGUGUUACAUGAACAGCUUACUGCAGACGCUGUUCUUUACCAACCAGCUUCGGCGGGCCGUGUACAUGAUGCCCACUGAGGGGGACGACUCAUCAAAGAGCGUCCCGCUGGCGCUGCAGAGGGUCUUCUACGAGCUGCAGCACAGCGACAAGCCGGUGGGCACGAAGAAGCUGACCAAGUCGUUCGGGUGGGAAACGCUGGACAGCUUCAUGCAGCACGAUGUGCAGGAGCUGUGCAGGGUGCUCCUUGACAAUGUGGAGAACAAGAUGAAAGGCACGUGUGUGGAAGGCACCAUCCCAAAGCUCUUCCGAGGGAAGAUGGUGUCCUAUAUCCAGUGUAAGCAUGUGGACUACAGAUCUGAACGAAUAGAGGAUUACUACGACAUCCAACUGGGCAUUAAAGGAAAGAAGAACAUUUUUGAGUCCUUCAAGGAUUAUGUGGCCGUGGAGCAGCUGGAUGGGGACAACAAGUACGACGCGGGGGAGCACGGUCUGCAGGAAGCUGAAAAGGGGGUGAAGUUUCUGACAUUCCCCCCGAUUCUGCAUCUGCAGCUGAUGAGGUUCAUGUACGACCCUCAGACAGACCAAAACAUCAAGAUAAAUGACAGGUUCGAGUUUCCCGAGCAACUGCCCCUGGACGAGUUCCUGCAGAAGCCGGAUGUCAAAGAUCCUGCGAACUACAUCUUGCACGCCGUCCUGGUGCACAGCGGCGACAACCACGGCGGCCAUUACGUCGUCUACCUCAAUCCCAAAGGAGACGGCAAGUGGUGCAAGUUCGACGACGACGUCGUGUCCAGAUGUACGAAGGAGGAGGCGAUCGAACACAACUACGGCGGGCAUGACGACGACCUCUCUGUGCGCCAUUGUACCAACGCUUACAUGCUGGUGUACAUCCGAGAGUCCAAGCUCAGCGAGGUGCUGCAGCCCGUCACAGACAUGGACAUCCCACAGCAGCUAGUUGAGAGGCUGCAGGAGGAGAAGAGGGUGGAGGCCCAGAAGCGUAAGGAACGUCAAGAGGCCCACCUCUACAUGCAGGUCCAGAUUGUCACCGAGGAUCAGUUCUGUGGCCACCAGGGCAACGACAUGUAUGACGAGGAGAAGGUGAAGUACACAGUGUUCAAGGUCCUAAAGAACUCCACACUGGCAGAGUUCGUCCAGAACCUCUCACAGAACAUGGGAUUCCCGCAGGACCAAAUCCGGCUCUGGCCCAUGCAGGCCAGGAGCAACGGCACCAAGAGACCAGCCAUGUUGGAUUACGAAGCCGAUUGCAGCAAGUCCAUGAUUGAUCUGAGCGAUAACGAGAACCCAUGGACAAUUUUUCUGGAGACCGUGGACCCAGAAAUGGCUGCUAGUGGUGCAACAUUGCCCAAGUUCGACAAAGACCAUGAUGUGAUGUUGUUCUUGAAAAUGUAUGAUCCGAAAACAAAGAGCUUAAAUUAUUGUGGACAUAUCUACACACCUAUAUCUUGUAAAAUACGAGACUUGCUGCAAGUCAUGUGUGAAAGAGCAGGAUUUCAGCAAGGAACUAACCUUAUCCUCUAUGAGGAAGUUAAACCGAAUUUAACGGAGCGGAUUCAGGACUACGACGUCUCCUUGGACAAGGCUCUGGAUGAGCUCAUGGAUGGGGAUAUAAUAGUGUUUCAGAAGGAUGACCCCGAGAAUGAUGCAGGUGAUCUGCUGACUGCAAAAGACUACUUCAGAGACUUGUACCAUCGCGUUGAUGUCAUCUUCUGUGACAAAACCAUUCACAACGAUCCAGGCUUCGUUGUAACGCUUUCAAACAGGAUGAACUACUUCCAGGUGGCGAAGACUGUUGCUCAGAGACUAAACACCGACCCCAUGCUCCUGCAGUUUUUCAAGUCCCAAGGAUACCGCGAUGGACCAGGCAACCCCCUCAGACACAACUAUGAAGGCACCCUACGAGACUUGCUGCAGUUCUUCAAACCCAGGCAGCCCAAAAAGCUGUACUAUCAGCAGCUGAAGAUGAAGAUCACAGAUUUCGAGAACAGGAGGAGCUUCAAGUCCAUAUGGCUGAACAGUCAGUUCCGGGAAGAGGAAAUAACACUAUACCCUGACAAGCAUGGCUGUGUGCGUGACCUUCUGGAGGAGUGUAAGAAGGCGGUGGAACUAUCUGAGAAGGGUUCUGAAAAGCUGAGGCUGCUAGAAAUUGUAAGCUACAAAAUAAUUGGAGUUCACCAAGAGGAUGAGUUGUUGGAGUGCUUAUCCCCCGCAGCGAGCCGGACGUUCAGAAUAGAGGAAAUCUCCCUGGACCAGGUGAACCUUGACAAGGAGAAAGAGAUGCUGAUUCCUGUUGCACAUUUUCACAAGGAAGUCUUCGGGACAUUCGGGAUUCCUUUCCUGCUGAAGAUUCGCCAGGGCGAACCGUUCAGAGAGGUCAUGAGAAGAAUUCAGACCAUGCUGGACAUCCAGGAAAAGGAGUUUGAAAAGUUCAAGUUUGCGAUCGUCAUGAUGGGACGACAUCAGUACAUCAAUGAAGACGAAUACGAAGUAAAUCUUAAAGAUUUUGAGCCACAGCCAGGGAACAUGUCUCACCCCAGGCCUUGGUUAGGGCUUGACCAUUUUAACAAAGCCCCGAAGAGAGGCCGCUACACUUACCUGGAAAAAGCAAUCAAGAUACACAACUGACGUCCCCACCCCAACCCGCUGUACUAAAGACUUUAACCAAACCCUUUGUGUGCAUCAUUUUAACAGCCGCAGAGUUUGGGCGUUUGGGUACACACGCACCGUUUAUGAAGUCUUCAGCAAAACGGAUCGCUGCUCCUUUUCCCCUUUUUUUGGGUUCUUUUUUGAGGCUGUUCGAUUUGGCUUCUAUGUAACUAUUGACUGCCUAUUUUUGUCUGGAAGAAUUCAUUGGAUUUUAACACGAGAGGACUGUAUGAACUUAGGGGUUUUUUUUUUUUUUUGGGUUUUGUUUUUAAAAAAAGCUGCUGCCUGGGGGGCGGAGCAGAGGGAUAGAUGGAGGGAGGGGCCAUUUUUGCAGGAAGGCGUCUGACCUGGUCGCAAGAACCGCAGCUGGCUUGGGCUUGCUAGUUGCCUAACGUGGUUGUCAUAUUUUCCUGGUCCCUUAGUGCAACUAGUUCACUUCAUGUUUACACAAUUCUUUCUCACUUAGUUUGGUUGGAGGAAUUCAGUUUUGUCUUCUUUCAAAUCUUGUAUAAUAAAAAAAACCACAGCAUCCAUUAAAAAAAACAAAAAAAAAAAUCUAAGCGUCUGUACUUCAUCUUGCACGUUGGCACUUAAAUCGCAAAGAUGAUACAUUUUUCAGCACUGUUAAAUGUAAUCUUUGAUCCUCCCCCCCGCUUGUUUCAGUUUCCGGAACUCUCCUCGCCAUUUUGUUCCCGCCUUGUUGGCCCCUGUCCUUUUGCUGUGGGUUUGGUGACGCCGUUCGGGCUUCUGAUCGGCUCGAGGGGUUUUUACUGUAGUGUACAUUGGCAACAAACAGCACACCCUUCGCGGUAAUGGGUUUAGGACAGUGUUUCCCAAUCCUGUCCCUGUAGACCCAUAGCCAAUCCACGUAUUUGCUCCCUCUGAGUGGCCUACCAGGAGAGUCUACAUUUUUGCUCCCUCCCAGCUAGGGAGCAAAAACAGGGACUGUCUCUGGGUCCCCCAAGGACCAGAUUAGGAAACACUGGUUUAGGAUAUAGUGAAACCAGCAUUAUAAACGGAAAUCCAGCCCUUUCCAAGCACAGGAGACGUGCUCCCUAGGGUGUAGUUGGCUUUGUAAAGAAAUUCAAAUUGUAUAUUUAAAGAAUGGACAUGUAAAAUUAAACACAAAUUUUGUUGGUUACAACACAGUUCAGAUGUUCAUAUUCCUUGUGUGUAGUUUUUUUUCCUGAUUUUUGUUUAUUAACUAAUGGCAACAGUGUCUAGUUAAAGUGCAGUACAAAGAUGACCUUCAGAUCAUAUCUUUUCUCCAGUCUAAUUCCUCCCUGUAGCAGCAGUGUACGACAACUAUUCCUGUAUAUUGCCUUUUUGCUGGAAAAUGUAUGUUGAAUAAAAUUUUCUAUAAAAUGC